AGUACUCUGUUGGGGUUUCCUGGUUUGACAGCUGUCACUGUGCGCCGAGGUCAAGGCAAAGAAGCAUGGCUGCGCUGUUUAGAGGGUCACGAAAUGUAUUGUUACGCUGGAAUAAGCAUGUCGACCUUGCCCACGUGUCAAUGCGAUCAAUGGCUUCAAAAACACCAGUGGGGUUUGUUGGUCUGGGAAACAUGGGCAGUCCCAUGGCCAAAAACCUGUUAAAGAACGGUUAUCCUGUUAUUGCCACUGACAACUUCCCAGAGUCCUCCAAGGAACUGCAGGACCUGGGUGCUCAGGUAGUGGACUCCCCAGCAGAAGUGGCAGAAAAAGCAGAUCGGAUCAUCACAAUGCUGCCGUCAAGUCCCAAUGUCAUAGAGGUCUACACUGGCCAAAAUGGCAUCCUCAAGAAGGUAAAGAAGGGAACACUGUUGAUUGACUCUUCCACCAUUGACCCCUCAGUGUCAAAAGAGAUGGCAGCAGCUGCAGAGAAAAUGGGUGCCGUGUUCAUGGAUGCUCCGGUUUCAGGAGGUGUUGGGGCUGCCAGCUUGGCCAAACUGACCUUCAUGGUGGGUGGAGUGGAGGAAGAAUACAACGCUGCACAGGAGCUGCUGACCUGCAUGGGAGCCAAUGUUGUCUAUUGUGGACAGGUCGGCACCGGGCAGGCAGCAAAGAUCUGCAACAACAUGCUGCUGGCCAUCGGGAUGAUUGGGACUGCAGAAACCAUGAACCUUGGCAUCAGACUUGGUUUGGACCCAAAGCUGCUGGCAAAGAUCCUCAACAUGUCCUCAGGUCGUUGCUGGUCUAGCGACACAUACAACCCAGUCCCUGGAGUCAUGGAUGGAGUCCCCUCUGCCAACAACUACCAGGGCGGCUUUGGAACCACACUAAUGGCAAAGGAUCUGGGUUUGGCCCAAAACACUGCCACCAACACUAAGACGCCGGUCCCUCUGGGUUCCCUCGCCCACCAGAUCUUCAGAGUCAUGUGCUCCCGCGGUUAUGCUAACAAGGACUUCUCAUCUGUCUUCCAAUUCCUACGUGAGGAGGAGGGACAGUGAAUGUAGGGGGGAGCACAGUUAACUGUGAUAUUAGCAUACACACACACAAACACACACUUCAACCACACACCCCAGUGCCCCUUAUCCCACUAUGCUCAGGAGAGACUAAGGCCUUGCCCUCAGGCAAAGAUCAGCAAUCCAAUUAACAUACUGUAUGUUGACACGUGUCCCCUCAUUGCAUUAGCUGAAUCAUACUUUGAAUUCAUGGCUGUCCCUUUUGAAUGUGGGGAAAUAAUAAAACUGACCUUAGAUACGUAUUUGGAGGCAAAGCCAGCUGACGAGAGGUAGGAUGAGGCGCUGCAGACUAACACAAAACAAUGCAGACAUAUGUGGUAUUUUACGAUGAUCGAAGAGUAGUAAUUGCAUGAAUGGUGAAGGUAAGUUUUUGUCAGGUUUGUGCUUUUUGCCUGUUACUCAAAUGACCAGGAUUUGUCCCCUGAUAUUUAAAAAUCUAACAAAAACAUGAUACAAUAAGGAUUCACAUAGUGAUGGUGGGCUACAUUCAUGGAAAUAAAAUCCCACAUUCACAGCACUACAAAACUGUGCGUACAUGAGGGUUUACCUGUGUUGUUACAUUUCUUUGUUUCUGGCAGGAGCUUGGAGACUUCCUGCCAGCAGAUAAACUUGAUAAUUUCAUUUAUAAAUCAUCCAGUUAUCAUUUUUACUCAGUUACAGUAUUUACAAUUCUUGGUGUCCACAGUUUCAGUGGAUCAGCCAGUUCUCUACUGCAUUAUAAGAUAAUACCUGGUUAUUUUUGCACUGUGUGCAUCACGGUGUGAUGUGCUUGGCUAUUUUGAUACAGCUCUAGAAUCUCUUUUAACUUACCUCUCUCCACUACUGUCUACAUCUGCAAUCCUCUGGAGCAUUGUUAUUGUUAUUUUGCGACCAACACUGUUUAAACUUUAUACUGUUUACUACACAAUGUUCUCAAUUUCCAGCACAUUCUCUGACCCGUCAAGUCGAUCCUCCUCGCAUAUGUAUGACGUCUGUGUGAAGUGUCAGUGAGGAACGGUUCCUCCCUGCUAUGAGCAAAUGUACAUAAUGUAUAUUCAUAUUGUCGUGUAGUAAUGAAGAGGAAUCUAAAAGAACUGUCACUUUUUUAGUAAAAUUCAUUCGUUGUCUCUACAGUUUGUCUUUGCUCUGUGAAACAGAUCCUCAGUCACUCUGUAGCCUAAAAUAAAAGAUGUUCUGUGGA